AUGCGGGCUCAGCUCUGGCUGCUGCAGCUGCUGCUGCUCCGCGGGGUCGCGCGCGCGCUCAGUCCCGCAACACCCGCAGGCCAUGGAGAAAGCCAAGGCUCUGGCUGGACUGUCAAGAGGACCAGGCAAGGAUGGAGUCGGAGAGCCCGAGAGAGUCCUGCGCAGGUUUUGAAACCAGGCAGGACCCAGCUAAGCCAGGACCUGGGUGGGGCCUCCCUGGCCAUUGACACACUACCGGACAACAGGACCAGGGUGUUCACCUGUCUCUGUCCCCCACAGGAGGACAACCACAACUACUAUGUGUCCCGUGUCUAUGGCCCCGGUGAGCGUCGCAGUCGGGAUCUGUGGGUGGACAUGGCCGCUGCCAACCGGAGCCACGUGAAGGUCCACAGGAUCCUCUCAAGUUCUCACCGGCAGGCUUCGAGAGUGGUCUUGUCCUUUGAUUUCCCUUUCUACGGGCAUCCUCUGCGGCAGAUCACCAUAGCAACUGGAGGCUUCAUCUUCACGGGUGACGUGCUCCACCGGAUGCUCACAGCCACCCAGUAUGUGGCACCCCUGAUGGCCAACUUCAACCCUGGCUACUCUGACAACUCCACAGUCGCCUACUUUGACAAUGGGACAGUCUUUGUGGUUCAGUGGGACCAUGUUUACCUUCAGGGCCGGGAGGACAGGGGCAGCUUCACAUUCCAGGCAGCCCUUCACCAGGAUGGCCGCAUUGUCUUCGGCUACAAAAAGAUCCCUAUGGCUGUCCUGGAGAUCAGCUCUGCCCAGCACCCUGUAAAGGCAGGCCUGUCAGACGCCUUCAUGAUUCUCAAUUCAUCCCCAGAUGUACCAGAAUCUCGGAGACGGACCAUUUUCGAAUACCACCGUGUUGAACUGGACUCUAGCAGGAUAACCAACAUGUCGGCCGUGGAGUUCACCCCAUUGCCAACCUGCCUCCAGCAUCGGAGCUGUGACACCUGCAUGUCCUCAAACCUGACCUUCAACUGCAGCUGGUGCCACGUCUUACAGAGAUGCUCCAGCGGCUUUGACCGCUACCGCCAGGAGUGGUUGGCCUACGGCUGUGCCCAGGAGGCAGAGGGCAGGACAUGUGAGGACUUCGAGGAUGAGGGCCACUACUCAGCCUCCCCCGACAGCUCCUUCGGCCCCUUCGAUGGUGACCGCACCACCUCUUCCUCCCUCUUCAUUGACAGCCUCACCACAGAAGAUGACACCAAGCUGAAUCCCUAUGCAGGAGGAGAUGGACUUCAAGACAACUUGUCUCCGAAGACCAAGGGCCCUCCUGUGCACCUGGGCACCAUUGUGGGCAUUGUGCUGGCCGUGCUCCUGGUAGCAGCCAUCAUCCUGGCUGGGAUUUACAUCAGCGGCCACCCUAACUCCAAUGCUGCGCUCUUCUUCAUCGAGCGGAGACCUUACCACUGGCCAGCCAUGAAGUUCCGCAACCACCCCAGCCACUCCACCUACACAGAGGUCGAGCCCUCGGGCCACGAGAAGGAGGGCUUCAUGGAGGCUGAGCAAUGCUGAGGGCAUCAGGCCAACGACCUGGGGAUGGCAUGAAAGCAAG